UGGCGGCCGGGCGCGCGGAGCUUGUGGUGCCGCGCUCCUCAUGGCUGCUCAGCCUUCGCCGUCGGUGCCGCUCACUCGGCGGCCCCUCUUGCUCGGCCAAGCGGAGGGCUCGCAAGACGCGGUGACCAUGGCGGCCAUCGUGCCCAAGGAAGAGGGGCUCAUCAGCGUCUCGGAGGACAGAUCGGUUCGGGUCUGGAUGAAGAGAGAUAAUGGUCAAUACUGGCCAAGCAUCUAUCAUACAAUGUCAUCUCCAUGUUCCUGCAUGUGUGUUAACCCAGAAACAAGAAGAUUAUCUGUUGGUCUUGACAAUGGUACAGUUUCAGAAUUUAUUUUAUCAGAAGAUUACAACAAGAUGACAGCAGUUAAAAGUUACCAGGCUCAUCAGAGCAGAGUGAUGAUGGUCCUUUUCGUUUUGGAAAUGGAAUGGCUCCUGAGCAUUGGGCAGGAUAAAUACUUUACUUGGCAUUGCUCUGAAAGUGGCCAGCGGCUUGGCAGUUACCGGAUUAGUGCAGGCGCGUGCGGGUUACAAUUUGAUGUGGAGACCCGGAAUGUUUUCAUUGGUGAUCAUUCUGGGCAAGUGACCAUCCUUAAACUAGAACAAGAAAAUAGCAGCCUCAUAACAACUUUCAGAGGACACACAGGUGGAAUCAGUGCCCUGUGUUGGGACCCUGUGCAGCGUGUCUUAUUUUCAGGCAGUUCUGAUCAUUCCAUCAUUAUGUGGGAUAUUGGAGGAAGAAAAGGAACAGCCAUCGAACUCCAAGGACACAGUGAUAAAGUUCAGUCCCUCUCUUAUUCCCAUCACACUCGGCAACUCAUCUCUUGUGGGGCAGAUGGCAGAAUCGUUGUCUGGAAUAUGGAUGUUGAGAGGCAAGAGACACCAGAAUGGUUGGAUAGUGACUCUUGUCAGAAAUGUGACCAGCCGUUCUUCUGGAACUUCAAACAGAUGUGGGAUAGCAAAAAAAUAGGCCUUAGACAGCAUCAUUGCCGAAAGUGUGGAAAAGCAGUGUGUGGUAAAUGCAGUUCGAAGCGCUCUUCCAUACCUCUCAUGGGAUUUGAAUUUGAAGUGAGAAUCUGUGAUACUUGUUAUGAAUCAAUAACAGAUGAGGAACGUGCUCCUACAGCCACUUUCCAUGACAGUAAACACAAUGUUGUCCAUGUACACUUUGAUACAACACGGGGUUGGUUGCUGACAUCUGGAACAGAUAAAGUUAUGAAGUUGUGGGAUAUGACACCAGUAGUAUCCUGAUGCAGUGCUGAAAUGGGAGCAACACAGUAUUAAUGAAGAAGAGAUUCUUGAUUCUGUAGAGAAAAUGAAGCAAGUUAAGUACUGACUGAUAAACGAGAGAACUAAUAUUUCUGGAUGCAUUUUUCAAGUAACCUACCAAAUUCAGGGUGAGGACUGCACCAACGAUCUACUUCACAAAAUGCAGAUUUUUUUUUUUUUAAAAAAAAACAACCUUAAAGACUUCUCUUGUCUGGCUUCAUUGAACCAUUUGGAAUUCAUCUGGAAGUUUCUGUGUGAACCAUUAUUUGUGUUUUGUGUUGAUAUGCUGCUGAGGUGGUGGAUCUUUGCAAAUGUGAGCAGUUGCCUGCAAUAUUUGAUUAGUAAGAUUGUACUUAAGAGAUAAAAGGGAAAAACCAAGGAUUCCUGUUCUUUGUUUCAUUUUCAAUUUCAUUAUGAAAUACAAAAGUUCAGGCCAACCAACUCCUUUGCAAUUAUAUUCUAGAAAAUGGUACUAUAAGUUUGGGAGUGGGUAGGAAGAGAAAAAUAGUCCAGUCUUCUUCCAAAACCAACUGGAAUGUUUAGUUUAUUGCAUCAUCAAAAUUAGCCAACCAAAGCUUUCUAGUCCUAGACACAGCCAGUAAGUACACAAGCCAGUUUUGACUU